AUGCUUCGUGAUUUCGCAAUCAUGUACAUGCUAGUCGCUGCACUGCGAGACUUCUCGACUACCGAGGCUGUGCCUGUGACGGUUGUUGUAACCUCUCUUGAUGCACUCAUGCCGCGGGAUUACCUUGACUUGUUCACAUCGGGUGUUAACCAUGUUGUACUCGCCGAGAACUGGCUCUCAGCGGAUGGAUCCAUUAUAUUCCCUGGCGCAUGGAUGACGGUGCCGCUCGCCAAGGAGAUACACAACUAUGCUGUUCAACACAAUGCCACCGUAUCCAUAGGCAUCGUGCCGCAGCCCUUCAUAAACAAUAACAGUAGGAGUCUACAAGAUUUUGUUUCGAACGUUCAAACUACUAUCAACAACUACUAUGUGGACGGGCUUCUCUUUGAAUUCUGGCUCAAGUCGUUCACACCAAGCGGAGAUGAGUGGGAAGUGGUCAACAAUUUGACUUCCCUCACUCGUAGCAAGUUGAACUCAAGUAGAGGGAACGCGGCUACGGCUUCAGUCAUGUUCAGUGGCGAAUCUCUAUCAUCAAGCCUUUGGGAAGACUUGAAAGUCUAUCAGCCAUGGAAUUAUACUGAUAAAUACUACAGCGUCCUGGAUAGCAACUCAGUGGAUUUCAAAACUCAAAUUAGCAUCGAAUGGGCAAGCAACAUCACCAAUCGGUUCGCCAACUACUCUGCAAACAUCUCUCACUUGUCGCUCACUAUAAUCCCGGAAGGCCGCUUGGAUAAUCUCACCGAUGCCAAGCCUUAUCGAGAGUUGUUCGAUGACGGUGCUCCAGCAUCAGGGGAUGGAUACUUCGACAACUUCUACUACAACUCACAGAAGCAAAUCAAGGAGAAGGCCCAGCUUGUGAAGACGAAACGCCUUGGUGGCCUCAGCAUACUUUUCCCCAACUUUGAUCUUCCUGCUACCAAUGCGUCCUCUCUGCUACAUGCAGCCGUUCUUGGAUAGCUCAGUUACUGAGCCUCAGUAUCUUCCAGAGCCGGAAAGCGCUCUCAUUUGGACUCUGUGGAUGGCACAUAUUUUCACUUGGAGGAGAUGAGUGCGUAACCGUCAGUAAGUGAGGUAUAUUCAACGCAAACCGGCUGUCAUCCCACAAACCUACAUCAUCUGUUGUGGUUCUUAUCGUCUCGAUUUUUUUGCUUUGGUCAUCGU